CUUCCAGCAGAGUUGUAGCAAAACGUUGACAACCGGAUGAAACUCUGAUAUACAUAUUUGCGUGCUACACACCUCUUCUGUCAGGUGAAAAGCAAAAAGAAGCAAGUAGAGAAAUUCCGACGGUACAACAUACGACAGAAAUAUCACGUGUUACAAAUCGACUGCCGCAUCAAAGGACAAGUAUUUUAACGAUGUUCGGCUUUUUUGCAAUCGUUCGAUCCGAAAAUCGAGAGGGAUCUUUUUAUCUCGUUCUUCUUUUGGCACGAAAUGAGAAGGUGAAACAAUACGAUCCGAUGAUCCACGUUUUUCUCGAAGAUCCGGAGCAAUUAUUUCUUGGAUCGACAUCGGAUGAAAAUAAAUAAAAAUAAAGACAAUUGGAAAAGAGGAAAUAAUGAUAAUUCGCUUUCGGGGAAUUCACCUAAUAUUUCGAAAAGGUUCAAUUAGUUAAUUACGGGUUGAUAAGCGUGCUUCGAAGCGUUUCAAUCCGUUGGAAAACGCGCUCCACGCUAUAUCGUACGUAUACAUACAUAUGUACGUAAAUACCUGUCCUAUAAUAACCGGUUUGAAUCGCAAGUGCGUAUGGGGUAUACCUGAAUCAUACACGUGCGCAUAUACGUACGUAUGCGAGUCGUAUGUACAAUGAUAAAACCGUAUAUACCUAGGUGUAAAUACAACGUGUACCGACGUAUACGUAUAGGUGUACGCGUAUAGCGAGGGAUAGAAGGUUUACCGGUUACCACCCCCCUGUUGCUGCAGCGAGCGAGUAACCAACUCGGGCGUGGCUUGUUAUGUGUUUAUGGCAAUUAUCCACGGAUUACCUUAUUAUUCCACUUUAAGCGCGUUUCAGGAUGUGGAAAACGAGUAAUUCGAAUCAAAGGCGAGACCUACGGAGCUGUGUACGAGCCGCGUCACCUUGUACUUCAACGGUUAGAAACGGGAGAGAGAGAGAGAGAGAGAGAGAGAGAGUAAAGGUGAAAAACGAAAAAAAAAAAAAAAGAGAAAAAGUAUAUGAAAAAGAAAGAGAACGAAUAGCUGAACGCGGGGGACAUUUAUUAAAAAUAAUUAUGUCAUUGUCCGACACAGCGACGGGUAAUUCCGACUCCCUCGCCUUGAUAAAAACGAGAAGAAAAAUAUAAAUGAAGAAAUAUCGGAUCGAUGUCGAUUUUGACCUCUUAUCUUCGUUGAAAUAAUAGAAGUAAAACGCUUUUUUCAAUAUUAACAACGUAUAUUUGCAGGUGUAUUACUUGUCAAUAUUGAAAUUCGAUGAAUAUUUUUCAAAACACCCCAUGAGUUGAAUGAAGUAUAAAUACGCAUGUUGAUAAUAGUUAUAGUCGCAAUUUUCUCUUUGCUUUAUUCGUCCCCAGGUGGAAUUUAGCGCGUUACACCGGGGCGUUGGUGCAGGUGCGGCGUUAGGGGUGAAAAUCAAAGUGUCGAAUGUGAGAGUUGAAGGUGCAACGCGCGGUGCAGCGAAAUAUACUAUAAAUAAAUACACCGCGUGUAUUACGCGCGCGUAGUCUAGUUAAUGCGCGAGUUUGCUGUACACUAUACAUAUUAUUAUAACAAAUACGCACGUGUGUAAGCGGUGCGUACACGUAUAUCGUUGCGGGUUAAUCUGGGUUCACUUUGCAGGGGGUUAUAUUUCACCGCACGUGCACAACGACGAUGGUACGACAGGUAUAAUUAUUGAACCUAAUUACUAAUUAGAUUCUUAAAAAAACCGCGUUGCGAAAAUUCAAGUUUUUUUUUUACGCCUCUUCGUGAUACUGAUAUAAAAAGAGAAAAAGCAAAAGAAAAUAAGCGGAAGACAAAGUGAAAAAGAAAUGAUUUUUUUUUCAUUCAAUUUCUCGCCUCCAAAAAUUGUAAUUAUAAUAAUGAGGAAAUCUUUCGCUUGGCGGACAUGGUUUUUUUUUCACCUCCUAUUCAAUCGACUUUUAGGCGCGCCACGAUUUCGGAUCUCACGACAUCCCCUAAAAAGUCGAAAAUAUCGUAGGUAGUUAUAAAUAUAGCACGAGAAAUUUAAUACAGCGAUCGGAGAUAGAUACUCUCGAAUGCAAGAAUAAUAUAAGGGAAGGUAUAUUGUCAAGGGUGUAAGGCGGGAUGCUGUGACAACAUGAUAAGGCUGUAGAAAUGCGGUAGCUAUAAUGCACGGGGUGUUGUAUACGUACAACACCGACGGAAAUCACAUGCACAUACAUUGUUACGCCCUACUACCGAUAUACUAGGUGUAUAACGGGUGUGAUCUUUCCUCUCUUCGCGAUUCCAUCGCAUCAGAGUCGAAAACUUUCUGGAACCACGACUAAAAAUUUCCACCGAAUGAUAAUAACAAAUUCGGAGACUCUCUCCUCAAUUUUCCAUUCGAAUAAAGAAAAAUGAAAACCUCAAGAAUCUCGAGAUCUAUGCGGCGACGAUUUGUGUGUUUUUUUUUUUUGUUUUUUUUUAAACCAAUUUAUUUCUUUAUUUUUUCGUGUUCUAUGAAUCACUCCGGUGCAGCUAUACAAGCGCUUACGAUUCGCAGUCUGAUGGAAGACUAUUUUCUAGUAUAUAGGUAUAUAUAAACGGGACGUCAAACGCAUCGCGAGUAUAUAUAUAUAACACAAUAUAAGGGGGAGGAUUAUAUCGAGGUGGUGGUUUUGUCGAAGGGGUGCCCCCUCGGCAAAUCCUAUUCUACACACUUCUGCAGUGUAUAACAGCUCAACAGAUUUCAUUUAAUUUCAAUUAAGCUCCACGGAUUGCAUACGAUUUAACACCCGACGAUUCUGCAUUCUCAUCCCCCGUUAUACGACUACGUGGAAUUACGCGGGUAUAAUCUGAAAAUUAUGUAUAUAUAUGUCGGUGCGCGUCGAACGUUGAAUCGAAUUUUCAAAAUGUGUACAGCGUUUGUUACGGUGUUUUUUGUUUUGUUUUUUUUUUGUUCGAAUUUUGAAUUUUGAAAAUAGAUUACCUAAAUGAGUUAAUUUCGAUUCAUUAUUACGUAUUCAGUGUUAUUUUCUUGCCCCGCAAUUAGAGCGGUCGAAUGUAAUACAGAUUGGAUAACAAAGCUUGAAUAAUCUAACGAUAGAAAAUGAUCACAUAACGAAACGAUUGUUGAAAAAUUGUUUCUCUUUUGUGUGUGUGCGUGUGUGUGUGUGCUACGCCUAUACCACACGUAUGAUGAUAUUCCGGAAUUAUAUAGGAUCGUCGACAUAGACGUAGGUGAUGAUAAUAGGUGCGACCGAAGUUUUGCUUUAGUACAAAACGAACCGUCGUGUACGGUAGAAAUGUAGUUGGAAAAAUAACGUACAAUAUAACCGUAACUGAAAUUUUUCUUUGCGAAGAAAAAAAGCGGAGCUCAGAAAGUUUUAUUCAACGUUUAAAAAUCGCGUGCGAAUGUUGGUUUGAGCCAUGCUUCAUCAUCAUCAUCCUCAAUUUACCCGAGAGUCGAAUACCGCUAAAUGCAAUCCUCCGGUUUCGAAGAGCGCGUCCUUUAAAUCGAUCGAGUCGAAUGUGAGCGGCGUUAACAACGUCAACGAAGGUUUGCCCCGAAAUUGCGAUUCCACGAAAGAACUCCACGUGAAAAGACCGAUGAACGCGUUCAUGGUGUGGUCGAGAUUGCAGCGUAAAAAAAUCGCCGAGAAAUAUCCGAAGAUGCACAACUCGGAGAUAUCCAAGAGACUGGGUGCCGAAUGGAAAAUUUUGAGUGAACAAGAAAAACGACCUUUCAUCGACGAGGCCAAAAGACUCAGAAUACAACACAUGAGGGAUCAUCCGAACUACAAGUACAGACCCAGAAGGAAGCAAAAAAUUCAAUUGAAAAAUAUUCACAAACCGAAUCUGCACGCGAAUUUUCCGUUCGUCGAUCCGAUCGAGUUGAGGAGGUACUAUCAGCCGGCUAAUUUCGAGUAUCCCAAAUACUCUGGUAAUAUUUAUCAAGAAUCUCCUCCCCUCCCGAGUUACUCGACGUUGUCUUCGGGUUCGGCAGGAAUUACAAGUGCAACUUUAGGUUAUCAGCAACAACAACAGCAACAACAUCAUCAACAGCAAUUGAUUCGUGCGGCAGGAGUUUACGCCUCGGCCUGUACCGAUCUGAAUACCGGUACAUCCAUAAUCGAUUACAAUCGUUAUCAAAAUAAUCCCACAUAUUUUCUAUGAUCGAAACCUGAAAGGAAGGGGGAUGAGGAGGGGGCGAGAAAUGAAAAAAAAAAAGAA